GAAACCCUUCUGCUGUAGCUGCGAGGAAACCGCUCUUCGAGGAAAGUUUCGUCAGACAUCAUGGCCAGACUGACCUUCAUUGUGGUGGUGGCGAGCGUGAUGGCGACUCGGGCGACCGGACUAGUAUACCACGAGUGGUGCCUCGGCUACAAGGGGGAGUGCGUCCCUCGGGGUGGCUGCCCGGAGUCCUCGGGGCAGCUGUCUUGCCCCGACGGAAUGGUCUGCUGUCCAUUCGAAGCCUUCCCCUGCAGGAGGACUGAGGACUGCAAAGACGUGGGAGGCAAAUGCUCGUAUAGCUGCAAGGAGGAUGAGCUAGAAAUUCCGGAGAUGUGUGGAGAAGAUUGCAAAUGUUGCGUCACAGCGAGACCUUGCAGCAAGACCGACGCUUGCAAGGCCAUGUCGGGUCGCUGUGAUGACCGCUGCAACCGCAACGAGACGCCCAUCGACGGGUUGUGUGUGGGCGGAGGCUGCCGCUGCUGCGUCCCAGAACCCAAAGGGGAUUGUCCCGCUGCGACCGAAUGCUCGAAGUGGAGCGGCAGGUGUUCCAAGAAAUGCGACGACGACGAGGAGGACCUCCAUGGCUUGUGCGGCGAUGGCGACGAGGAAGACGACGACGACGACGAGGAAGACUGCACCUGCUGCGUUAAAGGUUGCUCUCUUUCCUAG